AUGUUUGCAGUGUCACCCCGGGCAAUGAUGUUCAGACCCUACAGUGAGCGGUGUGACUCUUCUAAGUGGAACUACGGCUUCCAGACAGACAGCACAAGAUCCCAGACCGCUCACCAGUCCAACGUCAGUCCAACAUCAGUCCUCUCCAGUCCAACAUCAGUCCUCACCAGGCCAACGUCAGUCCAACAUCAGUCCUCACCAGGCCAACGUCAGUCCAACAUCAGUCCUCACCAGUCCAACAUCAGUCCUCACCAGUCCAACAUCAGUCCUCACCAGUCCAACAUCAGUCCUCACCAGGCCAACAGUUCUGCCCAGUCCAACAUCAGUCCUCACCAGUCCAACAUCAGUCCUCUCCGGUCCAACAUCAGUCCUCACCAGUCAAACGUCAGUCCAACAUCAGUCCUCUCCAGUCAAACAUCAGUCCUCACCAGUCCAACAGUUCUGCCCAGUCCAACAUCAGUCCUCACCAGUCCAACAUCAGCCAUCCCCAGUCCAUCAGUAGUCGAACAUCAGUCCUCACAGUCAAACUUCAGUCCUCAUCAGUCCUCAUCAGUCCAACAUCAGUCCUCGCCAGUCCCACACCAAUCCAACAUCAAUCCUCGCCAGUCAAGCAUCAAUUCAACAACAACCCUGACCAGUAUAUACCAGUCAAACAUUACGUCCAUCCGUUGA